AUGGGCUUCUUCAACCCUCUGCCAGUGGCUCUGGCCCUUCUGGUCUCCCUCGCUGCCGCCGGGGCUCCCGCAGCAGUCCCCGAAGUGGUCACCGAGACCGUCGUUCACACACAAACAGUAAAAGAGACUGUUCAUGUCACGGUACCAGUCGUUCACACAAGCACCGUCGUCUCUGUAACCCACGUCACCGUCCCGACGACAGUACAUGUAUCGGUGCCAGUACAUGUCACAGUCCCGACAACAGUUCACGUCACGGUACCCGUCACCCACACGACGACUUACACCUCGACACUCGUAUCGCACGUCACUGUUCCCACCACGAUAAGAGAGACGUCGACCGUUCAUGUCACCCAGUCGGUUCCAGUCCACGUAACUCAGACCGUCCCCGUCCAUGUCACCCAGACAGUUGCCGUCACCCACACCGCCACGAGCACUCUGGUUCACACCCGCACCGAAACGAAGGAGAAGGUUGUCACGGCGACGCAGGAUAGGCCAGUCACAGUUCCGGUCACACGCACCGAGGUCAGCGAGAGGUUGGUUACCAAGACGGCGGUCAGCGAGAGGCUUGUUACCGUCACCAGCGUUCAUGUCAGCGAGAGGCUGGUCACCCAUACCUCGGUUGUCAGUGUUCCUGUCACCAAGGAAAAGCUUGUCAGCGUUCCCGUCACCCAUGUUGUCAGUGUGCCGGUCACCAGAACCGAGACGAGAGCGGUGACAAGCACCCACACAGUGAGCGUGACUGUUCCGGUAACAAGGACCGAGACUCGGGCCGUUACCCAGGUUGUUAGCGUGCCAGUUACGCACACCAAGGUCAGCGAGAGGCUGGUGACGACAGUGCAGGUGAGCCAGAGGUUGGUCACAUCUGUUGUCACCCAGGUGGCCACCCACACCGUCAGUGUGCCUGUCACCCAGCUGGUAACCCGGACAGAGGUCAAGGAGAAGGUUGUCAGCGUGCCUGUCACCCAGGUCAGCGAGAGACUGGUCACUUCAGUGCAGGUCAGCGAGAGAGUCGUGACCAGCACCGCUGUCCAGAGCCAUGUUGUCACCCAGACUGUCCCGGUUCAUGUCACCCAGACCGUUCCGGUUCAUGUCACCCAGACUGUGCCAGUUCAUGUCACGGUCCCUGUCACCCGGGUCGAGACCCAAGUCAGAACAGAAGUCAGGGAUAGAGUGGUUACUCAGACGUCUGUCCACCACCAGACCGUCAUGCACACCGUCACCAAUACUCAAGUUCGGCAUGUCACCGUCGUUCAACCUGUGGCGGCUCAUCCCGUCACCACCACCAGGACGGUUCAUGUCACGGUGAACCAACCCGUGGCGGCUCAUCCAGUCACCACCACCCAGACCGUCCACGUGACAGUGACGCCUUCGGAGUGCGCAGGUCAGGAAACCGUGGCGCCCAUCGCCUCACCGGCUCCUCACCCUCCUCCGGCCCAGGAGGCUCAUCCCAUGCCAGCACCGGCACCCGCGCACCCCGGUGUAGUCCCCGUGGUCAUCAUGCCUCCGGUCCACUCACCGAUCCCGGUGGUGCACCCACCUGUUGUUGUCCACCCGCCACCAGCAGCUACCUCGGCAGCGGCACCGGCACACACCAUGACCCCAGUCAUGGAGCAUGAGCCAGCACACACCACGCCCACGGUGUACACAAGACCACAGAGAAAGGCGAUGAGAUUCAGGAGAGCAAUGUAA